AGCUGCCUAAAAACACAAGUCACUGCAGGAACAGAGAGAUUAGAUGUGACUGAAAGGCUGCCGGGACAUUAGAAAAUGUUAGGGUGCUAUUUUGGAGAUGCUGCCAUAAAUUAGGGAUACAGCAUACACCUAUUAUCAUGGGCCAGCUGUUUUCAUCAGAAGAAGAGCUUUCUCAAGCGAGGGAUGGGAUUGGUUCUCUCCUCUAUGAUGCCAUGUUGGAGGGUGGUGCUGUGCCUAACCUCGGCGUCGUCCACCCUCGUCUGCUAACCACUCACGAUGAGAGCUCUGACUCCCACGCCGGCCUCCAGGACCAACUGCGACAGCUGCAGGGCGACGUUGGGAACAGGGCGCCGUCAUACCUGAAGGAUCUGAUCGGCCGACUGUCGUCCUUCUCGGAUGAGCCCCGCCUGGCAGGCCUGGUGGGAUUAGCGAUCACCGUGGUGAUGGAUAUGGCCUACACAUCGUCCAAGCGGACAUCAGGUGUGAAAGGGAAGUCAGCGGGGUCAUCAUCGAGCCAGCAGAGAGUCUGGGAGCUCCAGGAGGUGAUGGAGGAGUACCUGAAGCGCUGCAGGAUCAACCUGAGUGACAAAAGCAAGCUGAUCCAGGACUCCGUCAGACUCGAGGCUCAGCUCAGCUUCACCCUCACCCAGCUGAAGACCUGCCUGCUGGGAGGAGACUGCGACUCCAGGUCUCUGAGGCACUGGGCCAGCGGAGCAGCAUUUCACACCCAGAUGUUGGUUCACCUGGCGGCUCUGGAGGGUCAGGCCGAGCCGCUGGCUGCCAGGGCGGCACUGGAGCAAUACAAGGACGACCUCACACAGAUCAUACCUGCCUACAGGCGUCAUAAGUCGAAUACAGUGUGUGUCGUGAAAUGUCAAGGGGGUCUUCAGGCAUCAUGUGACCCCUCCAGCGAGGUGCCAGAGGAGGGAUCCAUGACGGGACUCACUGUGACGGACAAAGAGCUGGGAAAAAGUGUGACCAUCCCUCUAUCCGCCAUGAAGACAGAGACAGGGAUGAGAAGGAGAGUCUCCGGGCCUGAUACCACCUCUGCAACUGUGUCCCCCUCCAUUAACCUGGACCUUAUCACCUCAGAUCAGUAUGCUCAGGCAUACCUGCACUACCUGUUCUCUGAUAACGGCCCUGUGGCAGAGCUGGAGGACUACUUUAUCAAGGCGAGUGACAAUCUGAGAACACUACGAACCGAGCCAAGAUGUACAAAAAAGACGGAGGUGAGAAAAACGAUAGAACAAAGUGAUGGAGUGCAUCUGAAAGAGCGGAUGCAAGACACUGAUGGAGAACAAAGGAGCAAAGGAGAUAAUCAGGGCGAGACGGAAAGCUCAGGAAGACGAGAUGAGACGAACGAAUGCGAGCAGAGGCAUGACAGUUUGCAUCUGAGUAUUGCAGAGACACAACCGGAUCAAAGCCUCAAUCACAGUGCAACAAGUGCAUGAGAGCCGAGACCGGACAGCAUCGAUCACAGGAUAUUUACCCUUUAAUGAAGAGAGAUGUUUUACUACAAAAAUGAAGGAGUUUUGCAAAGUUUGUAAUUUAUUUAGAGAGCUUACCUUACUGCUUUAGAAGCUGAACUUGUCUGCAAUAAUAUACUAAAUGUGUAUACAAAAGUGUCUUGGCCAACUAUGAAUUUUGGGUUUAAAUGUCAUUUCUAUUAAGUGUGUUUCACAUCGGCUUUUCAAAUUUGACUCACACAUAUUAGUCUGUAAGUGUCAUUAAAAGUUUA